AUGUCAAGUGACGAUGAUGAUUAUGACGCUUAUGUUGACGCAUUGGAACGACAAACGAGCUUUUUUCAACAGAAUUUCGGCUGUUCAACAUCGCCAUCGUUCUAUUUCAUUCAUUACAAUGAUGGUGCUGCUCAUUGGUCGACGUAUGCGUGGGGCUGGGAUUUAAGGUAUUUGAACCUUGACAAAGGAGACCAAACACAAUGUGGUAAACUAAUUGGCCGCGGUAUUGCCAUUUGUCAAAAGUGUUAUAAAGAGAAAGGAGACGAAAUACGUAAAGUAUGUCGUGAAUUCGAGCGAGAACUGAAAGAAAAACACCAGGAAACAAUCAACAAGGAAAUUGCAGCAGGAAAAAAAUUGGUAUUAUCACACGUACAUAAAUGUUGCCGAAAUCUUUUUUCAUUGUACUGA